UAAUACAACACAAUUCUUCGAGGACCUGAAGAUAUCAACCACACAAGAUGAACCACAAGUCGAGGUCGGUGAGGCCGAGGAGGUCGAGAUUUCUGGAGAUGCCGCCUCUAAGGGUCAAAUGUCAGUUCUCGAUGCCUUAAAGGGUGUCCUCAAGCUCGCUCUCAUGCACGAUGGACUCGCCCGCGGCCUACGUGAAGCUUCCAAGGCUCUCGAUCGACGACAAGCACACAUGUGCGUUCUCAACGAAGCAUGCGAAGAAGAGGCAUACAAGAAAUUGGUCGUUGCGCUAUGCUCAGAGCACAAGAUUCCCCUGAUCAAGGUGCCUGAUGGAAAGCAAUUGGGCGAGUGGGCUGGUUUGUGUGUCCUCGACCGUGAAGGAAACGCACGCAAGGUCGUCAACUGCUCAUGCGUUGUCGUCAAGGACUGGGGUGAGGAGUCACAAGAGCGAUCGAUCCUUCUCAACUACUUCCAGACCGAGCAAUAAAGACAAAAUGGGGUUAUCUCAAUGGAGUUUGCUUGCGGUGGAUAGACGAUCGGUCAAUUGCUGAGGAUUUCGACUUCGCUGUACUCAUAUGAUGCAUCAUAGGCGGGGAAUAAAUCGGCAUGUGGGCAUUUGAGUCCUCUCAUACCAAGAGUUCCUUCAUGAUAUUGAAUUUGUGCACAUGUGAAUUGCUUCGCGCCGGACUCCUGGACUCC